CAGCUGAAUCACGGAGCAGAGAGAGGUGUUCAGCUCUUCCACCUCACACAGAGCGCCACCAUCAUGUCUUUCAUCCUCAUGAAGAAAAAAAGAUUUAGAUUUAGGAUAGACUUUGACCUGGACGAGUUGUCAUCUGUUCCUUUCGUGAACGGAGUUAUAUUUUGUAAAGUGAGACUUUUAGACGGAGGCUUCGCCGAGGAGUCAUCUCGACAGCCCGUCCAAGCCAACUGUGUGUACUGGAAGAAGAGGUUCUCUUUUAUCUGUAAAAUGAGUGCCAAUGCUGGGACAGGAGUGCUGGACCCCUGUGUGUGCCGAGUGUCUGUGCGCAAGGAACUAAAAGGUGGAAAGUCUUUUGCAAAGCUGGGUUUUGCUGACUUGAACCUGUCAGAGUUUGCUGGGUCUGGCAGCACUGUACGACGAUGUCUUCUGGAGGGGUACGACACGAAAAACACCAGACAAGACAACUCAAUUCUCAAGGUUGUCAUCACCACACAGCUCAUGUCAGGAGACCCUUGCUUUAAAACUCCACCAUCUACGGCCAUGACUCUGGGAACUUCCCAGGCUGAAGCAGAGGGACUGCUGGAGGACAGAAAAGGGGGAGACAUGCACACACCUCUCUCUGUAACUGACUUUCCGAGACAAUCAGUAUCAGUCCCAGAGGAGCUGUCAUCCUAUGGUCACUCCAGAACGCCCAGCUAUACAAGUCAGCUUUCAAAACUCUCAGGUUACAGUUCGAACCACUCAAGUUCAGUAGAGCUAAGCCAUCGACGAAAUGGUUCGGGCGGUUCUGCCUCUACUGGCAUCGGAAGUAUCGAGCCCAAUGAUCAGCUGGGGGAGAGGGAUGAGAAGGAGAGCAGGCCCACGCUCACAUUCACUGCAACCUGUCAUCAUUCAUGUGAAAAUCCCUCUUCUCCCAACAAGGUUCAAAGACAUCCAGUAAAACAGAACUCAGUGGAGAAUCAGUUGAAAAGAGUCGACGCCACUCGCGUGGACGCAGAUGACAUAAUAGAGAAAAUCCUACAGAGCCAGGAUUUCAGCCAUGGCUUCUUGGAUUCCAGUACAGAGGAGGAGGGGCUCAGCUUGUUUGUUGGUCCUGGUGGGAGUACUGCGUUGGGAAGCCAGAACACGAGGGUCACAGCCGGGGUCUUUGAGCAGGUGGUGAUCGGUGGGCUUUAGGAAGCCUGACUCUGACACA